AUGCUCGACAAUCGUACACCAACAUCAGAGCUAACGUUGGACCAGCUGGAGCGUGACUGGGCUUCGGAGAAUACGAGUGGAAUGGUCAAAUUUGUCUCAGAACUGGCCGAGAAGUAUCACACCCUCAUGGGAAGAGAGCGCGAGGGAGCAUUUGCGCAGCACUUGAUCGAGCUGGAGUCCACCAAAAGUCUCGCUCCAGUCGACAAGGUCACUCGUGGUCUGGAACCUCUGUAUCGCCAUGUCCGGGCCUACACUUCCAAGGUCGAAGAGCUGUAUCACAAGAACCGCAGCCUCUUACUUGACGACAGUGAUCCCUUUCCCGAGAUGGCUUUGAACAUGGACCGGGUUUCUGGGGUUUUCGAAGACUGCAAGGCCGACCUGGCGAACCUGAAUCUGGCUAUCUAG